UGGACUAAAAAUCAACUGAUCAUUUUUUUUAGGCAAAUCAAUUGAUCAAUAUUUUUUUUAAACCAGCAAAUAAAUAUAUAUUACUCAAUCAAAUCCUGCCUAAUAACAUCUUCCAACAAAAAUGGAUAUCUAUCAGUCCAGCAAAAGGAUUGAGGUUCACGAGCAGCAAAAUGAGCAACACUAUACAUAUGAGACACCCCAACAAGCAUGUUAUCUCUCACGGCUCUAAGAAUGUCACCAAUAUCAUCCGGAAGAAACCAUCAUCAUCCUCAGGCCUAGCCAUAGUUCUCGCAGCAACAAAAGAAUCCGUGAAAACCUCAAUUGGCUUCAACUCCUUCUCCACACAUAACACAAUACCGUGGAUCACCGCCAUAAUCUCCGCCAUAAGGAUAUUUGCGUUGGCUUAGUUUGCAUCGCCUUUGCCACCACCAAGCGCCCAACAGCAUCGCGCACCACUAUUCCAACACCAAACCUCAUUUUCUCCUGAUUAAACGCCGCAUUCACAUCCACUCGCAACCUCCCGCUUGGUGGUCUCAUCCACCUCCGCGCACCACACUUCAUACCCAACGGCACAUUCAACGUAAUUGUGUCUCGAGCCGAAUCACGCAUCACGCAUAAAGCUUUGCUCGUCUCUUCAGAGGGCCGCAUGACACCUGCCGUCCCCUCAUGAACAAUCUUGCAUAAAUAUGUCCAUACCUGCCACACAAGAACCAACCAAAUAUUUGGAACUGUUUAAGGAUAAUCAAUCAUGUCAAUCAAAAAUGUAAAAACAUCAAAUAAACAAGUUGUGAUUAAACCAAAUUAGACAUUAACUAAUAUCAAGUUAAUACUGUUGAUAUUUUUCACAUAUAUGAAGAACAUUAGUUCUUUCUAAUUUCUACCCUUUCAAGAAAAAAAGUUCUUUCUAACUUCCACAAUGUGAAUAUUAUUAAUCGUGUUUGAGGAUGAGUAAAUCAAACAACUUUAGCCUCCACACAAAACCUAGGCUAGAGAAAAAAAUAAUGGUAAUUAUGUAAGAAGGGCCGAAAUGAGUUUGGGCCUAAUGAAGCCCAAAAUCCGAGGGCGUCCUUGAAAUUUGCAGAGAUGUUGCGCUGAAACAGACAGAGAGUGAUAAUUUCUGAAAAGUAGAUAUGACCAAGAGAUUCGGUGCGGGACCCCCUAUCGUAUUGCCUACAACGCUUCUCUCUAACCAAUCAAAUCUCAUCUUUUACAACUCCGUGCGUCGCACCUGAUCCCUCCCCACCCCUACGUCACCAAUUUCUAUGCUCGAGCAUCAAGACUCCAUCAAAUACCAUUUUCCCCCCUCUCUCUCUUCUCUGUAAAAACCUAGAACAACAACACUGCUUAUCUCUCUCUCUCUUUCUCUCUCUCACAGUUCAAGUUCCAUGAAGAAGCUUUACCGGAAGAGCACGGUGCAUCCGACGCCUUCGGUUGUUUCGGAGCACCUCCUCUCGUUUUUGCCGGCGGCGAUAUUAAGUUUGACCGUGGCUCUAUCUCCGGCCGAUAGGGAAGUCCUGGCCUACCUCAUAUCCUGCUCAUCCUCCGGCAGCCAGCGCAAGAAGAUAGGCGGUGACGACCAUGCGGCGUGCUUCAACUGCAACUGCUUCCGCUGCUACAUGAGCUAUUGGGCCAAGUGGGAUUCGUCGCCGAACCGCCAGCUCAUACACGAGGUCAUAGAUGCUUUCGAAGACACCCUUCUCAAAGAGACCAAAAGAGACAAGAACAAAAAGGAAAGGCGGAAGGCUAAAACCGUCAAAGUCGGUGUGUUGAAUGAACCCAUAAAUUCCGAGCCCACUUUGACCGCCGUCGAUUUUGGUUUCGGCGAGUCAAACACGGCGGCGGAGAGUGCUCGGCGGGAGGAGGAUGUAAUUACGGAGGAGGAAUUCGACAAGGGCUCGGUGAGGAGGUUUGUGAGUUUUCUUGGGGAGAGGAUAUGGAGCGUUUGGGGUUGAAACUAAUUUCAACGGUUGGUUUUGGUUUCACUCUUUUGCUUUAUACAAUCCCACCAAAAAAAUUUCAUUUUGGUAGCAAUCAAUUCUGUUUUUGGCAUGUGGAGCACCUCAUCUGCAUUGUAAAUUAUAUCUAGUAAUUUUUAUCAUCAGCCUUACCUUAAUUUCUGCAAA